UUCCCCCCUCUUAAACUGCUGAAAAAUGAAUCAUAUUCAGGGUUUCAAACAUUUCCUCUUUGACUAGCCUCCAAAAAGGUUUAUUAACGUUUAUCUUUUAAAUUGCUGCUGUAGUUAAUUUGUGUCAGUCCUGCCCCUGCUAAAACAAGUGGAGAAGGAGUGUCAGGUUAGUCUUCCAUCUGUCUGACACAUGCACUUCUUAGCACUGUUACCGGUGGGUAUCCACUGUUAAACAAGCCUGCGCUAUUUUUUAUGACUCACUAAGAAGUCGUGUGGUGGUGUGAUCCCCGUCCCCAACUACCAGCGCUUAAACUUGUAAUUUUCAAUAUAUUGUGUUAAAACAGACUUCUAAUUCUGGCUAUUUUUCUUUUCAGUUUUAGACCUAAAAUUGGAAGCUCUAUUUUUAUGAAACAGUCUCCUAGGAAAGUCACUGGUGUUGCUACCCGCAAAUACUGGGCCCAGGGGUGGGGAGGGCAAGAACUGGCUGUUUCACAUGGCUCGACAGAACGUGUGGGCCUGCCAGCCAGUGGAGGUGGAAUCUGCCCUUUGCUUUCUUGGCAAGUGUUUCUGGCUUUGAAAGCCCUGAUUAGGACUUCAGUUCUUGGUCUUUUCUUGCCGUUCCAUGAAACAUAGCCCAUUGUCUCCAGAGGUUCUGAAGAGAUGGAGGACCUUGAUGGUCCACAUCCGUUAUUCUCUUUGACACGGUUGUGCUUCAUCCCUCAGGGUUAAAAGCCAAUCUGUCAUCAGGCGAAUUUUAGAAAAUACUGCAGUGAAACAAGAUAUCUUAAGAAGUGUAAAACUGGCGGUGAGUUCUUCAUGCUCACUGUGUAGUAUGCAGAAAAGCUGCUGGCCUUUGCCCUUGCAUCUCUAGACACCUUAAAUGUGAUUCAUUUGUUUUUCGAAGUAGAGAAGACGCAGUUCAGACCAGCACCGGAAGGUUUUCCACUGGGGUUCACCUGCUUGGCAAAUCUUUCCAGCUUCCUAGACUGCUGCAUGGCUAUGGCUUAAAUAAACUAUCUGGACGUCCACCCUUGCUAAAAGGAGAGUGAUUUCCAUUAUUAUGUGAAUUUUUUCCAAGGGACUGAGGUGCAGGUGAAAAAGUGGCACAACAGGAUGAACAUCUCCCAAAUUCAGCUUCAAAUUUUGGCUUUUGCUGUGUUUGAGGUGAAAAUUAGCUUGUGGAGUGAAGAGAGAUGGAACUGUAUACUGCUGGCUGUGUUUGUAUCACAUUAUCUGGUAACUGAUGGAGGUAAGGAAUAAUUGGAACAUUGAGACAAUUUCCUGUUUUCUCUUUGAAGGUAGUAGAGUGUUGGGAGAGGAGGCCAGGAGAAAUUGGACCUUAGGAACCAGCUCUUGAGAGGUUGGCUGGCUCCUCUGGCUGAUGGCAUGUUGAGGCACACGGGCCAGUGGCAACGAGGGCAUCCGAUCCAGAGGGGGCCACUCUAGAGGCCAGGUCACCAGCAUCAUGGGCCAGUGUGUCACCAAAUGCAAGAAUCCAUCAUCAACUCUGGGUAGCAAGAAUGGAGACCGUGACCCCAGCAGCAAGUCACACAGCAGGCGGGGUGCAGGCCACCGUGAGGAACAGCUGCCAACCUGUGGCAAGCCAGGUGGGGAUAUCCUCGUCAAUGGGACCAAGAAGGCAGAGGCUGCUACCGAGGCCUGCCAGCUGCCAACAUCCUCGGGAGACGCUGGGAGAGAGCCCAAGUCGAAUGCCGAAGAGUCUUCCUUGCAGAGGUUGGAGGAGCUGUUCAGGCGCUAUAAGGACGAGCGGGAGGAUGCAAUUUUGGAGGAAGGCAUGGAGCGCUUUUGCAAUGACUUGUGUGUCGACCCCACGGAAUUUCGAGUGCUGCUCUUGGCUUGGAAGUUCCAGGCUGCUACCAUGUGCAAAUUCACCAGGAAGGAGUUUUUUGAUGGCUGCAAAGCAAUAAGUGCAGACAGCAUUGAUGGGAUCUGUGCCCGGUUCCCCAGCCUCUUAACAGAAGCCAAACAAGAGGAUAAAUUCAAGGAUCUCUACAGGUUUACAUUUCAGUUCGGCCUGGACUCUGAAGAAGGGCAGCGGUCACUGCAUCGGGAAAUAGCCAUUGCCCUGUGGAAACUAGUCUUUACCCAGAACAAUCCUCCGGUAUUGGACCAGUGGCUAAACUUCCUAACAGAGAACCCCUCGGGGAUCAAAGGCAUCUCCAGGGACACUUGGAACAUGUUCCUUAACUUCACUCAGGUGAUUGGCCCUGACCUCAGCAACUACAGUGAAGAUGAGGCCUGGCCAAGUCUCUUCGACACCUUUGUGGAGUGGGAAAUGGAACGAAGGAAAAGAGAAGGGGAAGGGAGAGGCGCACUCAGCUCAGGGCCCGAGGGCUUGUGUCCCGAGGAGCAGACUUAGUGGCUCUGUCUCAGGGGCAGCAGCGAGGACCUGCCCGCUGCCCUGCAGCCCACCGAGGAAUCGGACCUUUCUGGAAAUUACUGAAGAUCGGAUAUUUUCUACUUUACACCUUUCUCUGCCUUGUAUCUGAAAGGGCUCUAAAAUGCUGUAUCAUGUUUUAGGCACUUUCUUCACUUUUUGGUUAUUUUGGUUAUUCCUUUUUUGGGGGGGUUCCCCCAAAAUAUUUGAACCUGGUUACAUGUUGUGUUUUUUUUUUUUUUUUAAGCCUUCAGAUAGAAUAAGCCUGCCAUUUCUUGCACAAAUUAAAUUUUUUGGGGGGGUCGGGGAGGGUAUAGGGCAGGGAGGGGGAAUGGGACAGUUAGGUUGAAUUAUCAUUACAAAAUGAUACAGUGCCAGAUCUCAGUUUUGCAUAUUCUCGUUUUUCAGGGCAGGUCUGUACUGUGUGUAGUGCUGUUUACAUGGUUGAAUUUAGGUUGUAAUAAUUAUUUUUAAAGAUUUACACAGAGUUGAAUAGCAGUGUUAACUGUUAACCACAUUGCAUUAAUUCCCAGGCAAUUUAAAGCUCUUGGAGAGCCAAGGCCAGCCAAGAGCAUUUGUAGUCUAGUUGUAACCUCUUUUUAAGCUAAUUUAUCUGAAACCCUUAUUUCCCCCACUUCUUGCUCAUUCCUCCUUUGACCUAUUUCAUUUCAUGUUGAGUUUACCCAUCAACAUGCUGCACCUGUCAGUCAAGUGAGCAGUUUUUUCGAUCACGUUGUACUGAGAAACCACUUAAAGCAUUGAAUGCAGAGAAAGCAGUGCUACCUCAGUUUUGCUGGAAGUAGACUUUGAUAGUUUUCUUUGACGAAGUUUAUGUAUUUUCAUGUUGUAAGUGGAAAUACUUUUUUUUUUUUUUUUUUUCAUUUGCCUUGGAGCCAAAGUUUCUGUUCCUGGUGGUCGGAAAACUGUGCCUGCCGGCCAACUGACUUGAAGGAAAACUGUGGUAUGGAGCUCUGCUUGAAUUUUUUUUUUUUAAUUUUUUUGAGUAUCAUCAGCUUACUUGUCUGGCAAGUGCAGAAGCCUGAGGCUGGCCUGAACUCUGCCAAACAAAUAUAGAAGUGUAUUUAAUAGCUAAACGUGUGCCCUUUCCCUUCUUGCUGCACCCAUGUUGUCACUUAACCCCCAGAAGUUAUUUAUUAUCUUCUUUGUAAAUGUCAGGCUCAUUUGGGGUAAUGUGAUGACUGUUUAGGUUUACAUGGCCCUCUUCCCUUACCCCCAAAUAUGUAUAUAUACAUAUAUAAGAUAUGUAUAUAUUUUACCUAUAUAAAAUAUAUAUAUACACAUAUAUGUAUCUAUAUUCCUUUCUUUACCUGCUAAAACUGGCUAUAAAAGGGAGCUGCCUUCAAUAUAUAAAGUAUAAGAAGAAUGCCAGGGAACAUCAUAGUGGAGGUUUUUGAAUCUGAAUUUGGACCAUUUUCACUAAAGAGGAGGUGAAUUUUCUCAGCCCUUUCCUCCCAAGAGGGAGUCCUGUCCCCCCAGACUCCCGUGUGCUCGCUCCCUGAGGCCACCUUGGGCCAGACUGCCACACAGGAGCUGACUGGUCCUACCUGGUUUCAGUAGAGGGUCCUCUUGUUAUUUUUCCAUUAAAAAAAAAAACAAAAAAUGUCCUCAUAAAACUAUACUGGCAGGGUGGGUGGCAGGAACUUGUACAGGUCAGCUUCCAACACUUUGGAACAGAUUGAAAAGGUAAUCUUUUAAAUAAAAAGCUUACAAAAAUAUUUAUACUCUUGAGGUAAUGAGAGUUUGUCUAUUAAACAUCUGGAGUUUUCCCCCCUGACUUCCCCCAUCGCCUGCCCAGGUACAUGUCUCUCAGCCUGGGCAGGAAUUGCUUGUUUUAAGUCCCUUUAUUUAGUAGCCUUACGGCUUCAGGCUCCCAUCUUUACAAAGAUGAUUUAAGGAGUUUCUGCAGUUGAUGUUUUCCUAAAAUUGGCAUUGACAUAAAGAACGCACUUGAAGUUUGAUUUUUUUUUUUUUUUUUUUUGAAUCCCAGCCCUGACACUUGCCCCUUUAGAGGGGUGGAUGGGAAACUUUAAAAUCAGCCAGUGUGGAUCAGUGAUACUGCUGGAAAGAGGAAGAGGGUCUCUGGCCAGAUGUCUGGCCUUGUUCUAGCCUAAGACACAGGAUCCUCGUAUAAAGAAUUUCUAGGGGUCCCAGCAGGGUCUGUGGGCUCAGCUAUAGUCAGGGUGCCUAGACUGAGGUGUUCACGAGGCCGUCUUCUCAUCCAGCCAGUCUGCAGCCCCCAGUUUUUCCCACUUCUGGACUGGGAGGAGGUUGAAUAAGGGUAAAGGUAGGCUGCUCCUAGCCAGGUAUGGAGAAAAGGGUACAAAAGAGGUAAACACUGAGUGUCUUGAGGACUCUGGAGGACCUGGAGUCCUUCCCCAGCCUGUAAGAGGGCGAUCCAUGCAUUAAGUGUGCUGUAAUUGGUGGAUUGUUUUUAAAAAAUUCAACUAGUCAGCUUCCCCAACCCCAUGAAAGAGCCAUUUAAAAAAUUACUUUUGGUUAUAUUUUUAAUGUUUGUUACAAAAGUGCAGAUGAGAAGCCAGAAAAGGAAUGGUCAGGGAAGGACUUACUUUCCCUUCCAGGUUUGAGCCCUUGAAUUCCCAAGCAAGGAAUUCAAGCUUUUGCAGUAGCCUGGGCCAGUGCCUGACUUUCUCAUGACCGUAGGAAAAGCGGUUUUUCUGCAGAGGGGUCCAAGGUGGGGGUGUGUAGGGUUUGGAGAUACACUUCUGGGAAAUGGAAGGUCCCUAUUCCUCUUCUCCUAGGCAUAGCUUUGUUGCUUAAUGAGUGAGCAGUAAUUGUGUGGGAGAGGCCAAGUGCCUGCCUCUCAGGUAAGCCAGUGCACCCUUCACUUUAACAACAUGACACCAGGGUGGUGUGGUGGUGUGGAGAGGGGCAGGAUGUGGAUGUCAUUUUAAAAAUAGGCAAAUAUCUGAGAGUGACUAAAACAAUGUUGGGAAAUUGCUUGGAUUUUGGCAAAUGGCUUCGUGUGUGAGCUUCUGUGUUUCUUUAGCGAUUAGAAAGCUAUAUGAGAUGAGGUGUGCUCCACCGGAUUGCUCUUCCCCCACCCCUGCCAAAUUUGAAUGUAUUGUUCUUAACCCCGCCUCCUAUAAUGACAUUUUGCUGUGUCAGCCGGUUGCCUCAGCAGUUCUCCCUGCCAGAUGUGCCCACAUGUGUGGGUUGGGUCCAAGAUGCCAUUUCUACCCUUCUGAUAAGAAAAAUCUAGAGCUAGGUAAAGAUCCAAAUUUUAACCAAGCCUCCAGGCCCAAGGAAAUCAACUGAAAAUGUACCAGGCAGUGUUUUCAAAAUUAAACUUCCCUAAGGAAAAGUGCAAACUAGCCUUCUUGGAAAGAAGAUAGCCACACAGUAUUAGCUGGUCUUUGAAACUGUAUCUCCCAGGGACUGGUGCCAAAAUGCAGUCCUGAGUGCGGGAGCCCGCCAGGCGUGGGGCUCCAGAGUUCUUGUGAUGGCCUUGUAUACUAUGCUGUUCUAUGCCAGACUGUAUUAAGCAGUGGUGGGAAAUUCCUGGGCUAAGGACCUGGUAGAAAAGUUUAGAAACCAAAACAGAAGAUCUGUAUUUAGGACUAUGUUCAGUUUGCUGCAUUUAAAGUCAAGUCUUCACUGCAGUGAAGCCCAAAGGUAGACCCAGUUAUACAAUUAUAAGGUGAGGGCUGGAAGGAAGCUGCUGCUAGGUUUGUUUUCUUAUAAUUGCCUGUUUUGUCAUUUUUCUUUUGUCUCAUGUUUAGUGACCACCUGAACAUCUUGGUAACUGACAAAGGUCUUCCUAGGGGGACUCCAGCAGUAUCUUGUUUAAAUGAGAUGGACUGAAAGGACUGUUCAGUCAGUAAAUGUUAAUUGGGGGUCAUUUGAAAACAUGUGAUGUUGCCCUUCCUCUUACUCUAGUUUUCUGAAUCAGAGGGAGUUCCCACCCACUCCUUUAGAAUUUAUUCCUUUGCUAAGCAGUAAUUAUAUAGCAUAUAUCCAGUUUAACCUCGACUCAGGAUCUGCAGAUGUGUUUCCUCAUUGAAAGACAAAAUUGAUGCUUGAGUUCUGGUUGCAGAAGCAAGGUUGGUUCAGAUGGCUGAGUACCCACCAGAUUCUGCUUCUGAUUCAGGUGUUGGGGCAUCACACCCUCCCUGUUCUUCUUGGAAACAGCCUGCUCUUCGACCACCCACCUUUCCUCCCUGCUACUUUCAACACAAAUCUUGGAUGUUACCAAAGGAAGCCAUUCAACAGCUGCUGUGGUUCCCCCCACCAACACGUUUAUUCUGGGAGAAGUGUCUUCCCUCUGACCCUGGUUCCCAGCCUCCUGAGUCUGUGACUAGUUGCUCUUAACCUGUUGCACUAAUGAGUAUGAUUCUAAGUUUCAAAGGGGGAAUUUGAAGCAAUAGGCAAAUGGGGCUUGGAUAAAUUGGUCCUAUAGGUACCCUGCCUUAACCCGCUGAGGUGAUGAGUCCACUACUCAUAUGACCUUCCACCUUUGUGAUUUCUCUUAGUUUGUGACCAGUGUGUCUGUUUCUUGAAGUUGUACAAACUUGACAAGUUAAUACUUUGAUUUGUAUUCUGUGCACUGUUGCACUCUCCAGGUGGCCCCUUCAAUAUUUUAUUUAACUUGUUACAUUUUUGUCUGUCUACAUUUUUUUUUUUUAUUUGGAAGGUAACCUGCUGUUGGAUUUAAUAAAUUUGUUUACUUGA